GAAACUUGACCUAAAAACUAUCGCUUUAAAUACCGAAAGACUGGGCUGUGUUCUACAACAGUUACAGUCGCAUCACAUCGCUCUUAAUCAAUGUCAGUCAAACCAGUCAUCGUUGUCGCAGGUCUUGGUGUCGGAGGGGGAACAGGAGGAGCUACUGCUCGUGCAUUCGCCAAAGAAGGUUACAGUGUUGCUUUGAUCGCUAGGAACGCGGACUCUUUGAAGGCAUUCGAAAAGGAGCUAAAGGAGACUGGCGCAGACGUCGUCUCAUUUCCGAUCGCCUCUUACGCCGCCUCAGACGUCUUAUCAGCAUUCACGAAGAUUAGGGCGCAUUUCGCAAAGCCAUCCUAUGUCAUUCGUGCAGCGGUAUACAACGCCGGUUAUGGCGUCUGGAAGCCUUUCCUCCAAAUAACCCCAGAGGACGUCAAAGCCACCUCUGAGGGCAACCUCGAGGGACCAUUCGCCUUUUCCCGUGAAGCCCUACUCGAUUUCACAGAGAACCCUAUCGAUUCGAGUAGCGGUGCGAAAGGGGUGUUGAUCUUCACUGGCGCUACUGCUAGCCUUCGAGGCAAUGUCACCACUAGUGCUUUCGCCGCAGGGAAGCACGCUCUUCGUGGCCUUUCACAAAGCUUGGCGAAAGAGUUUGGGAAACAAAACAUUCAUGUUGCCCAUGCGAUCAUUGACGGCGUGAUAUUCACCCCUCGUACUAAUGAAAAAUUUGGCAACGCCGAAUGGGCAAAGAACGAAGAUGCCAGAUUGAAUGCGGAUAGCAUCGCAGCGGCAUAUCUCUAUCUCGCGAAGCAAGACAGGUCAUCGUGGACCUGGGAAUUAGAUUUACGUCCCGCUCAUGAGAAGUGGUGAAUGAGUUAGUUUACAAUUACAAGUGUAAUCGACGUGUACAGCUUUAUGACUGCAGAGCAAUCUACACGAGGUAGUCCUCGUUUUUGCCGGCUCGAGGCCUGUCGC